AUGGCCCCGGGGGCGCACGCACUACUACUGCUGCUGCUGCUGCUGCCGCCGCUACCCGGGUUCCCGCCACGCGCCGCCGGCUGCCCGGCCGCCUGUCGCUGCUACAGCGCCACGGUGGAGUGCGGCGCCCUGCGGCUACGCGCCAUCCCGCCCGGAAUCCCGCCAGGCACGCAGACGCUGUUCCUGCAGGACAACAGCAUCGCGCGCCUGGAGCCGGGCGCGCUGGCGCCGCUGGCUGCCCUACGUCACCUCUACUUGCAUAACAACAGCCUGCGCGCCCUGGAGGCCGGCGCCUUCCGCGCACAGCCGCGACUGCUCGAGCUCGCGCUCACAGGCAAUCGGCUGCGCGGCUUGCGCAGCGGUGCAUUCGCCGGCCUGGCCCAGCUGCGCGUACUCUACCUGGCGAACAACCAGCUGGCCCGACUGUUGGAUUUCACCUUCCUGCAUCUGCCGCGCCUGCAGGAGCUGCACCUGCAAGAAAACAGCAUUGAGCUGCUAGAAGACCAGGCCCUGGCUGGGCUCUCCUCACUGGCCCUGCUGGACCUCAGUAGGAACCAGCUGGGUACCAUCAGCCGGGAGACCCUGAGGCCCCUGGCCAGCCUGCAGGUCCUGCGCCUCACAGAGAACCCGUGGCGCUGUGACUGCGCCCUGCACUGGCUGGGCGCCUGGAUCAAGGAGGGGGGCCAGCGGCUGCUCAGCUCCAGGGACAAGAAGCUGGUGUGUGCAGAGCCCCCGCGCCUGGCCCUUCAGAGUCUCCUGGAGGUAUCUGGCAGUAGCCUCAUUUGCAUCCCGCCGUCUGUGCAUGUGGAGCCGCUGGAGAUCACAGCCAAUCUGGGCGAGGACCUGCGGGUAGCCUGCCAGGCUUCCGGCUACCCGCAGCCCCUGGUCACCUGGAGAAAGGUCAGCCAGCUUCGCGAGGGCCGGCAGCAGACCCAGGCUCAUCCAGCGGGUGGGACGCCCAGCCUGGGCGGGCACGGAGCCUCCGACACGGGCAGCGGCAUGCUGUUCCUGACUAACAUCACUCUGGCCCACGCGGGCAAGUACGUGUGCGAGGCCUCCAACGCCGGCGGCGCCGCCCGCGUACCCUUCCAGCUUCUGGUCAACGUGUCUCAGCAGCAGCGGCUGCCAGCGCCCCCGCCGCCCCUGGCUGCCGGCCCAGUCAGCCAUGAGCCCCUGUACGAAGCCGGCAGCAUGGCCUUCCGCGCCCUGGGCCUGGCCACACAGACGGGCAUCGCGGCGGGCAUCGCGCUGCUCGCGCUCACGGCACUGCUGCUGGCGACCAUGAUCUGCCGAAAGCGGCGCAAGCGGAAAAAGGCGGCGGGGCCCCCGGGGGAGGGCGUGCUGUUCGUCAACGACUACUCCGACGGGCCCUGCACUUUCGCUCAGCUCGAGGAGCUCCGCGACGAGCGGGGCCACGAGAUGUUCGUCAUCGAUCGCUCCAAGCCCCUUUUCACCGAGGGGCCGGCGGCAGAGGCGCCUGCGGACCGCACCCCCGCCGAGGGCGCAGCACUCGGGCCCGCACAGGGUCUCCUGCUCCCGCCGCCGGUCGCCUACGAGAUCCACUGCUGA